AAAACAUUUUUGAAGGUCGCGUAAUAAUAAUUUUAAUCCUUCGCAAUUUUGAAAAAAUUGAAAAGGGUUUUGUGGUGUACGUGUAUGUGUGUGUGCCCGUAAUCGUCGUCAACGUCGCCAAUAACCACAAAUAAAAAUAACGAAAGCAAAAAAAAAAAUAAAAAUCAAAAAAUCGUUUUAUUAUUAUUAUUUUGUUUUUUGAGUUCAAAUAGAUUUUUCAAUAUAAGAGAGAAAAUAAAAUAAACGAAAAAGAAAACAAAGGAGAAAAUAAAAUAAAAAAAACUUUGGUGUUUAUAAAAAUUUAAGAAAAAAAAAAAAAAAAAGGAAAAUUUUAAAUUAAAAAGAAUAAUUAAAUCAUAGGAUAAAGAAGCCAUUUUUUUUCGAUAAACAUUAAGAUAUAUAUACAUACAUAUAUAGAAGCCGUAAAUUUAUUAUUCAACUUUUUCUCUUCGUUUUAGUAAAGGAUUAAAAUUCAAAACGCAAAAUGCCACCGAAAAAGAUUGGAGGGAAGGGGAAGGAAAAUUUGGAUGAUCUUAAACAGGAAUUAGAAAUCGAUUAUCAUAAAAUUACACCAGAAGAACUUUAUCAAAGAUUUCAAACACAUCCAGAAAAUGGUCUAAGUCAUGCAAAGGCCAAAGAAAAUUUAGAACGUGAUGGACCAAAUGCAUUAACACCACCAAAACAAACCCCAGAAUGGGUUAAAUUUUGUAAAAAUUUAUUCGGUGGUUUUGCCCUCCUGUUAUGGAUUGGCGCUGUUCUUUGUUUUAUUGCCUAUUCAAUUCAAGCGAGUACAAGCGAAGAGCCAUCCGAUGAUAAUUUAUAUUUGGGUAUUGUGCUUUCAGCUGUAGUUAUAGUUACUGGUGUAUUCUCAUAUUAUCAGGAAUCAAAAAGUUCCAAAAUCAUGGAAUCAUUUAAAAAUAUGGUGCCCCAAUUUGCGACUGUGAUUCGUGAAGGUGAAAAACUAACAUUACGUGCAGAAGAUUUAGUGCUGGGUGAUGUAGUUGAAGUUAAAUUUGGUGACAGAAUUCCGGCUGAUAUUCGUAUUAUUGAAGCUAGAAAUUUCAAAGUAGACAACUCAUCACUGACUGGUGAAUCUGAACCACAAUCAAGAGGACCUGAAUUUACUCACGAAAAUCCAUUGGAAACAAAGAAUUUAGCCUUUUUCUCAACGAAUGCUGUUGAAGGUACUGCGAAAGGUGUUGUUAUAAGCUGCGGUGAUCACACUGUUAUGGGUCGUAUUGCUGGUUUAGCAUCUGGUUUAGAUACUGGUGAAACACCAAUCGCCAAGGAAAUUCAUCAUUUCAUUCAUUUAAUCACUGGUGUUGCUGUAUUUUUGGGUGUAACAUUCUUCGUAAUUGCCUUUAUAUUAGGUUACCAUUGGUUGGAUGCUGUUAUUUUCUUAAUUGGUAUUAUUGUUGCUAACGUACCUGAAGGUCUUUUGGCCACUGUUACCGUAUGCUUAACAUUGACGGCAAAACGUAUGGCAUCUAAAAAUUGUUUAGUUAAAAAUUUAGAAGCUGUAGAAACUCUUGGUUCAACAUCGACAAUUUGUUCAGAUAAAACUGGUACAUUGACACAAAAUCGUAUGACUGUAGCCCAUAUGUGGUUUGAUAACCAAAUUAUUGAAGCUGAUACAACUGAGGAUCAAUCUGGCGUUCAAUAUGAUCGCACUAGCCCAGGAUUUAAAGCUCUCUCGCGUAUUGCGACAUUAUGUAAUCGAGCUGAAUUCAAAGGUGGUCAAGAAGGUGUUUCAAUAUUGAAAAAAGAAGUUAGUGGUGAUGCAUCAGAAGCUGCUUUACUUAAAUGUAUGGAAUUGGCAUUAGGAAAUGUUAUGGAAAUCAGAAAGAGAAACCGAAAAGUAGCUGAAAUUCCAUUCAACUCAACGAAUAAAUAUCAAGUAUCAAUCCAUGAAACUGAAGAUCCUAGUGAUCCACGUUACUUGCUUGUAAUGAAGGGGGCCCCAGAAAGAAUUUUGGAACGUUGUGGUACAAUAUUCAUUAAUGGAAAAGAAAAAGUCUUAGAUGAAGAAAUGAAGGAAGCUUUCAAUAAUGCAUAUUUAGAAUUAGGUGGACUCGGAGAGCGUGUUUUGGGCUUCUGCGAUUACAUGUUGCCAUCGGACAAAUAUCCAACUGGUUUUAAAUUUAAUACUGAUGAUGUUAACUUCCCCAUCGAUAAUUUACGUUUUGUUGGUCUAAUGUCCAUGAUUGAUCCUCCCAGGGCUGCUGUACCAGAUGCCGUUGCCAAAUGUCGUUCAGCCGGUAUUAAAGUUAUUAUGGUUACUGGUGAUCAUCCAAUUACUGCUAAAGCCAUUGCAAAAUCUGUCGGUAUUAUUUCUGAAGGUAAUGAAACAGUUGAAGACAUUGCUCAACGUUUGAAUAUCCCAGUAUCUGAAGUAAACCCACGUGAAGCUAAAGCCGCUGUCGUACAUGGUGCUGAAUUGCGUGAAGUAUCGUCUGAUCAAUUAGAUGAAAUUUUACGAUAUCAUACUGAAAUUGUAUUUGCUCGUACAUCACCGCAACAAAAAUUGAUUAUUGUUGAAGGUUGUCAAAGAAUGGGUGCAAUUGUCGCUGUAACUGGUGAUGGUGUAAAUGAUUCUCCUGCUUUGAAAAAAGCUGAUAUUGGUGUAGCUAUGGGUAUCGCUGGCUCUGAUGUAUCAAAACAGGCUGCUGACAUGAUUCUCCUUGAUGAUAACUUUGCUUCAAUUGUCACAGGUGUUGAAGAAGGACGUUUAAUUUUUGAUAACUUGAAAAAAUCAAUUGCAUACACCUUAACUUCUAACAUUCCUGAAAUUUCACCUUUCUUGGCUUUCAUUUUAUGUGAUAUUCCAUUGCCUUUGGGAACUGUGACAAUUUUGUGUAUCGAUUUAGGAACAGACAUGGUACCCGCUAUCUCGUUAGCCUAUGAAGAAGCCGAAUCAGACAUUAUGAAACGUCAACCAAGGAAUCCUUUUUGUGAUAAACUCGUCAACGAAAGAUUGAUAUCAAUGGCCUAUGGUCAAAUUGGUAUGAUUCAAGCAGCUGCUGGAUUCUUUGUAUACUUUGUUAUUAUGGCUGAAAAUGGAUUUUUACCAACAAAAUUAUUUGGUAUUAGAAAGCAAUGGGAUUCAAAAGCUGUUAAUGAUUUAACUGAUUCUUAUGGUCAAGAAUGGACAUACCGUGACAGAAAAACACUUGAAUAUACUUGCCAUACUGCUUUCUUUGUGUCAAUUGUCGUUGUACAAUGGGCUGAUUUGAUCAUUUGUAAAACACGUCGUAAUUCAAUCUUCCAUCAAGGUAUGAGGAAUUGGGCACUUAAUUUUGGCUUAGUAUUUGAAACAUGUUUAGCAGCAUUCCUAUCAUAUUGUCCAGGAAUGGACAAGGGUCUUCGUAUGUACCCUCUCAAAUUCGUAUGGUGGUUACCGGCACUUCCAUUCAUGUUAUCCAUCUUCAUUUAUGAUGAAACUCGUCGUUUCUAUCUUCGUCGGAACCCAGGCGGAUGGCUGGAACAAGAAACAUAUUAUUAAUUUAAUAAAAAAAUCAACAACAACAAAAUACACAUUUUUAUUAUUAUUUAAUAAAAACAAAAAAAAAAUUAAAAAUAAGAAACAAAAAUUUAAGAAAAUUAAAAAUAAUAUAAAAAAAAGCAAAAACCAACAAAAAGGAGAAAACUUAAAAAUAAAAAAAUUUAAUAUAAUAUAUAAAGAAAAAUAAAAAAAUACAAAAAAAAAAUAGUAACAAGUGUGAACAUGCAAGCUUAAAGAGUGCAAAAAAAAAAGAAGUUUUAAAUAUAAGAAUUAACAAUAAUUAAUUAAAUAAAACAAAAAAAUUAAGAUAUGAACUCUUCAUUAAAUACAAAUUUAAAUAAUAAAAUAAUUAAAUAAAAUAAAAAAAAAAUAAAAAUAAUUUAAUUAAAACCCAGAAAAGAAGACAGACAGUAAAAUAAAAAAAAAUUAAUUAAUUAAUUAAAAAUUUAAAAACACUCAUCUCAAAAGCAGAAUUAAAAAUAAAAUUUUUAACAGCAACAACAACUAAAAUUAAUGAAAAAAAAAAAACAAAAAAAAAAACAUUUCCUUCUUUCGUUAGAUAUUUUUAUAGAUGAAAUUAAAUUAAAUUAAACAAAUACAAUAUAAUUAUUUUUGUUUCCUCUUUUAGUUUGUAAAAAAAGAAAAAAAAAACAUGAAAAAAUUUAAAAAGUAAUUAAAAAAAAAAUAUUAAAAAAAAAUUGUUUUUAUGUUUUCGAAAUAAAUUUAAAUUAAAAGAAAAUUUAAUGAAUAUUAAGAGAAAAAAAAAAAUAAAAUAAAAUCAAUAUAAAUUUAAUAAACAAAAAAUUAGAAGAGAAGAGAUAAAAAAAUUAUAACUGUGCUUUUGUACACCGUUCUUUGUCGUUUUGUUUUAAAUUUCUCUUGUUUCUCUUUUAAAUUUUCCUUCUACUUUCUUCAAUUGUAUAAGAUUUUUAUUUAGAUUCUUACGAUUUCUCCUUGUUUUUUAAUUUUAUUUAAUGAAAAAAAAAGAACAAAUAUAAUAUACAAAUUGAAAGAAAUUAAAAAAAAACAAUAUUAUGUUUUAUAUAUACAAAAUGUAUAUAUAUAAUUUUUUUUAUAAAAUUUAAUUUGUAAAAUUAUCUUCUCUUUGUGUUUAUCCAUUUUUUUUUUUUAACAAAAGCUGAUAAAUUUAAUCUUUAAUAUUUUAAACGAAAACAUUUUUUUUUUUUAAUAAAUUUAUUAUUAAUUAUAAUGUUAUUAUUACAAAAAAAUUUUAUUAUAUACAAUUUUUUUUUCUUUCGCCCUCCGCUGUAUAUGUAUUGUAGAAUUUAAAAUUUAAAAAUAAAAAGUAAGAUUAUAAAAAGAAAAAAAAAAAAAAAACGAAAAAAUAAAAAAAAAAAGAAAAAAAAUUUUUAUUUAUUUUUCUGUUUUUAUAUUUUGCCAUUUUUAAAUUGCAUUUUUAUCAUAAAUUUUGGAUUCUUUUAAGUUUUCAUUAAUUUUUACAUCCGUUAUAUUUUAGCGUUAAGAAUUAUAAUUCUGUGCUUGUUAUGAAGGCGGUAAAACGAGACCAUAAGGCGAGAAGUUGAAAAUCAUUUCGAAAAAAAAAAAAAGCAAAAAAGUUCACAUCCUACGAUGGUCGGGUGGGUUUCCCUUACACGAAAGUUUAUUAAAAAUAAUUGGAUUAUAAAAUUAAUAAACAAAAAAUAUUUUAUUUUUAGGCAAAUGAUAACAAUUUGCAUAUUAAAAUUUCAACAAAAAUAAAAAAAAAUAUUAAAUAUAUAUGAAAAUAUUAUUUUUCAAAUAAUGCUAAAAAUGUUUAUUAAAGGAAUUCAUAAAAUAAAUAAAUAAGUUUCGCAACAUUAACUUUCUCAUUAAUCUAAUUUUUAAUAUUCAGAACAUUUACAAACAAAAAGAAAAAUAUAUAUAUAUAUAUAAAGAAAUAUAUAAAUUUCAAAUUAUAAAAAAAUUAAAAUAUUAAUUUAAUGUUUUUUUUAAAACAAAUAAAAAAAAAAAACAUAAAUUUCUUAUUAAGUAAAAUAUUUUAAAAAAAUAUAUUGACAAGAAAACCUUAUAACUGCCUUUUCAGAUAGAAAAUUUUUAUUUUAAUAAUAGUAAAAAAAAAGUGUUAUAAAUAUUAACAGAAUAAAGAAAAUGUCGCAAAGCAAAUAUCUUGAUAUAUCUAAUGUCAAUAAGCUGAAUCAGCAUAGUGACCAGGUAUUGGAUUAUCGAAAAACAAAUAAAAUAAAUAAUUGAUUUUUUUUGAAAUUUUUCAAUUUAAAAAGGUUUUCUAAACAAUUUAUACAUUAGGAUUAUAUUAUGGAAAUUUUUAAAUAAUCUAGUAAUUAUUUAAACAACCACUGUUCAAUAGCGUAACUAAAAAAAAAACAUAUUAUGUAUAUAAUUAAUUCUUGGCAACAGCAAAAUAUUUGCACAGAAUUAUUUAAAAAGAUGCUUUUUUUCUAUAAGUUUGAUUAUUGAAAGCAAAAAAAAGAAAAAAAAAAUACAAAACGAAGAAUAUUUUUUUCUCGUAUUUUUUCACUUACAUAAAAAAAUGAUUCAAAAAUUGUUGAUUCAAAAUUUUUUAUUUCAAUAAAAUAUAAUAAAAAACAUUAUUUAUAUACAUGUUUGUGUAUAUUUUUAAUGAUUUAUUAUUUCAUUUAAUUAAAUUUUAAUUUGCAUUUUUAAUUUACAUUUUUCUUAUUAUGAAUUUUUUUUUUUUUUUUAUUUAAUUUUAUUAUUAAUUACCAUUAUACUUAUUAUAAUUAUUAUUUGUUAUUAAUAUUUUCAUAUUCAUUAUCAUUAUUACUGUUAUAAUUAUUAUAAUUUAAUUUUCAAUUUAUUACUAUUCUUAUCAUUAUUAUUAUUAUUAUUUUUAAUGUUGUUAUUAUUCAUUUUAUUAUUAUUAUUUUUAGUGAAUUAAGAAAUAAUAUAUUUUUUUUAUUAAUGAAAUAAAAAAAGGUAAAAAAAAAAUAAUGUUUUGGCUUAUUAAUAAAUAAUUAAAUAUAAAAAGAAAAAUAAAGUUUUAUAUAGUUAAAAAUUGAUAAAAAUAAUACUGUAAGUAUUUUUGUUGAUUUAAAUAAAGUAAAGAAAAAAAAAAAAAAGAAAACUAAAAAAUAAUAAUUGAAAUUUUAAGGAAAAUUAUAUAUAGACAAUUUAAAAAUUAUUAAAUGAAAUGAAUAAAUAAACGAUAUUGUUUUAUUUUAAGACAUUAUUAAGAAAAAAAAAAGUAUGUGUUCUUCUGUAAUAAAAAAAAAAACCAAUAACAAAAAAAAAUACUAAAUUAAAUUACAACAAAGAGAUGAAAAAAUAUUUUUUAUCUAAAACAUAAAUUCGAACAUAAAAAUAUGGAGUUUUGAAAAAAAAACAAAAAACAAAACCAAUUAUAACCAAAAUUUAAACUACACCGAAAAUAAUUAAUCUGUAAAUUUGUUUUUCCAAAUUAGAAAUUUAUAUAAUAUUGUAGAUUAAAAAAAAAAAUAAAAGGAAAACAAAUACUUUUUUUAAAAUUAAAUUAAAACAUAAACAAAUAAUAUUGAUUUCCCUGUAUGUUGCUUCUUGAAAAUUUUUGAUUAAAUUUUAAAAUAAAAAAAAAUUUGUAUAAAAUUAUUCAAAUUUUUUUUCUUUUUGUGAUUUUUCAUAAAAUCUUUCAAAUACUUGGUGUAUGUCAGUGAGCAAAACAACAUUUUAUUUUUAUUGUUACAGAGUAUUGUUAAGUUUGCAAUACAAAAUAAAAUUUUUCUUAAUAUUUCUAAAAAAAAAAAAAUAAUUUGUUUGAAAAGACACAAAAAAAAAAGGAAAAAUUCUGUUAUAGAUUUAUGAAAUAAAACUCCAUAAUUUUGUGUUUCUUUUUUACUUUAGGUACACAACAAAACUAUUUGUUUAAAUUUAACAAUUAAAUUAAAAGAGAAAAAAGAAAAUAAUAAAAAAACAAGCAAGAUAGAAAAACAAUAUUUUUUUUGUUUCAAAUUACUGAAUGUUAAAUAAUUAAAUAUAAUUAAUUAAAUAAUUAAAAAAAAAAGGAAAAAAAGAAAAAUAAAUACAAAAAUUCAAAAUGAUUUUUCAUUUUUGUGGAAAUAAUUUCUUAAAAAAAUAAAAAAAAAUUAUAGAAUGAAAGAAAAAAAAAAAACAAAACAAUUUAUUGUAUGACAAAAUUUUAAAAAGCUAAAUAAAAUCACUCAUGCCAACUUCAAAA